UAUAAGUGGACAGAGCUCCAAACCAGUUAAAGUCCCCCUCCACCGGAGCUGAGCCGGAGCGCAGCAGAGGGCGAGAGGGUCCAGCCUGGUCCAGCUCUGCGGUCCAGCUCAAACAUGGCGGGCCGUGGAGGCGACAUGAUGUGUUCAUGGUCCGGGUUCGGUUCUGCCACCGACCCCACAUCUUUAGCCGUGUCCGAGGAGCAGAAACCGAGGAAGAGAAGGAGAGCUUUCUGCCUGAGCAGGAUGAAGUCCCGCGGCAAACAGCAACAGUACCAGCACCAGCCCGCCGCAAACAACAACAACAUGCCGUUCAUGAUCCACUGCCAGUUGGGAAAAGAGAUCAAACACAUCUGCCGCAACUGCCGGGGAGUGGAGCCGCUGGACGCGGAGGAAGUGGAGAGGUUGGCAGCGAUGCGCUCUGAUUCGCUGGUUCCAGGAACACACACGCCUCCCAUUCGGCGGCGGAGCAAAUUCGCCACCCUGGGACGUCUGUUCAAACCCUGGAAAUGGAGGAAGAAGAAGAGUGAAACGUUUAAGCAGACCUCUGCGGUGUUGGAGAGGAAGAUGUCCACUCGCCAGAGCAGAGAGGAGCUCAUCAAGAAAGGAGUGCUGAAGGAGGUUUAUGAGAAAGACGGCUCUUCCCCGGCUGUACGCGAGGAGGCGAAGAUGGAGAACGGGCGAUCUCUGCUGCUCGCCUCUGGCAUGUUGGAGUCUGAAGGUACUGAGCUGAUGGAGGGAGCCUCCGCAGCUGUAGCCUCUCUGGAGUUCCAGAUGCCAAGUGACGGCGCGUGUCAACAGGACCACGGCCAAAAAUCCAUGGAGAAGUCCACUGUGUAUCCGUCUGAUGGCGCUGAAUCAACGCUCUCCAGACCCCCCGCGCUACACAAACAACCUCCUGCGCUGCCACCCAAACCCUUCAACAGGCUACCUAAUCACAUUAUAGACGGUGCCCCGGUGAAGUUGCCGUGUAUGUUGUCGAAGUUGUCUCCUCCUCUACCUCCAAAGAAACUCAUGAUCUCCGUACCUGCAGGGAGCAUGGAGCCCUCUUUGCUCGCCUUCCAGAAGUGCCCCCCUCCCAGCCACGCUCCAAUGGGCGGACACUCCCUGCAGUACGGGGCGCUAGCCCUCCACCCCCCCAGCCGAAUCAUAGAGGAGCUCAACAAGACCCUGGCCCUCACCAUGCAGAGGUUUGAAAGCUCCAUGAUGCACGCCGUUCCCACGGUGAUGAUCGAGUGUGACGACGACAAAGAGAACCUCCCCAACGAGGUGGACUACGAGGACCUGCCUGACGAAGAAGAAGAAGAAGAAGAGGAGGAGGAGGAGGAAGAAGACGACGACGAUGAGGAAGACGAAGAUGAGGAGGAGGAUGAUGAUGAUACAUUGUUUACAAGCGUACUGGCCAUGAAGGUUUUACGAAAGGACUCCCUGGCCAUCAAGCUGAGUAACCGUCCAUCGAAGAGGGAGCUGGAGGACAAAAACAUCCUGCCGAUGCAGUCGGACCAAGAGAGGUUCGAGUCUCGACAACAAACGGCCACAAAACUGACCAGGCGAUUGAGUCAACGACCGACAGCAGAGGAACUGGAACAGAGGAACAUACUGAAACCUCGAAACGAUCUGGAGGAGCAGGAGGAGAAGAGGGAGAUCAAAAGACAUUUGUCCAAAAAGCUCAGCCAGAGGCCCACAGUGGAGGAGCUGAGGGAGGCGAAGAUCCUCAUCCGCUUCAGUGACUACGUGGAGGUCGCCGAGGCUCAGGACUACGACAGGAGAGCAGACAAGCCAUGGACUCGGCUAACAGCUGCUGAUAAGGCUGCCAUCAGAAAGGAGCUGAAUGAAUUCAAAAGCACAGAGAUGGAGGUGCAUGAGUCGAGCCGUCAUCUGACCAGGUUUCAUCGGCCAUAAGGUGGAUUACUCAGAUCUCGGCCAUGCUUUAAUACUCCCACACCGAGCCUCAAGUCUUGAGACUGCUCCCUGCUGCCCUCAUACUUCUAACUGCUACCCUUUCCAGCGUCGACUUCAAACUGACGGACUGGACAUGAGCACAACUCGUGUUUUGCGGCCGUCGCAGGAAACGUGAGCAAACACUUCUACAAGUGAAAAUAGAUGAAACUCUCAACUGACGUCUUCCCUUAGUGGAGAUCUUUACAGACUUCUUGAUAUUCAAAAGCUUUUAAUUUUUUUAACAUGAAGUGUCAGCGAGUUUACUUUGCAGCACUUUUUUUGUUUUUGAAAAAGGCUUUUGGAAGUCAAACACAGAACCUGUGCCAACUUCGAGGAUGUGAACAGAAGGAGGUGAGGACAGGGAUUGUAUUCUUGCCUUUCACCAUGUUCUCCCUCCUUUCCCAACUGGACUUGAUGUUUUUCGUGCUUGUGUUGGCACAGCGUUAUUUCACAGUUGACAUCUCAGUGAUGGUUGAUCUCAUUUUGCCAGAGGAAUUAAAAUCUCAAACAACUUGUGUUGUUGUAGGCAGCUGAAUCUUUAAACAAAAUGAUCUAAAAUCCUAAAAUGCUCUCUGCAAGCCAGUAAUAGUAAAAAUGAACAUCUCCGAACACAUUACUCAUCAAUCAACUGAGCAAUAAUUUCAGAUUUUCACCUCCAUUUGUCAACAAUUUCAGAAUUUCUCCUCAUUUGUACAUCUGUUUAUGGGCUGCAUUCAAGAGCUCAAAACACUUUUCAGACUACAGAUCCCCAUUUUAAACCAAAGCAACUUGCCUUGCUGUGGAAGUCGCAAUCUUGAAUGCAUCCCAGAGUGACUGCUGUUGAGAGUUCAGUAACCUACUGUGUCACUGUGCCUACAGUAUUGUUUACAGGGAUUUAAAAGUUGCCAAAUUAACUUGAGUUUGAUACAGAGUAGUAUCUUUAGACACAGUAAAAUGUUGCCGAACUUUCUGCCAAACUACAAGAAAGUAGACUUUUCCUUAUUUUGUAUUUCAUUUUUUAUUGUCUGAGAUGAACCUUUGAUGGUACAGAAUAUAAAAAAACCUGUCACCUCACUUUUUUUAUUAUUAUUUACAGUGCAUAUUAGGUUCAUGAAUUGUCAGUUUUGACCAUAUUAACGGGAGAACUGGUUGAUCUGUUGUGUUAUGACAGUGUGAGUGUGUAUGUACAAGCGUCGGUAAUAUUACUGUCUCUUGUAUGUUGUAAAAAA